AUUAAUUGCAAGUUCACAGUUUAAGAACUUUCUGCUGUUUUUAAGACGCGCGCAAUGUCAUCAAACGGCAAUAGCGCGCGAAUAUUACAGUUUAUGGCUCCAGAGGAACGCCAUCAAUUUGGAAUUGAGACUCCUUACCAGCGUUUGGCAUGGCAAAUGCAAGACAUACUAGGAGAUGGAGGGAUCCUUAAAGAGGUGAUUCAUGCAGGAGAAGGCCCCCCCAUACCUCUGAAUGCUUCCGUAUCAAUUCAUUUUUCUGGUUUUCUUGAGUACUCUGAUGUACCAUUUGAGACAACAAGCAAUCAGAAACAUCCACGGAUGAUGAAGCUUGGUAGAGAUGUUACUUUGUAUGGACUAGAACUUGGCCUUCUUACAAUGAAGAAAGGCGAAUUCUCUCGUUUUCUCUUUAAGCCCAGAUAUGCUUAUGGGGACAUUGGCUGUCCCCCGCAUAUACCUCCUUUGGCCACAGUCCUCUAUGAGGUGCAAGUCCUUGAUUUCUUUGACUCUGCACAAGUGGAUGAAUUCAUGGAUCUUACUACGGAGGAGCAGAACGCUGUCCCACUGUCCACACUGCUGACCGUGGUGGACACCCAGCGUAACUUUGGCAACCUCUGCUUCAAUAAAAAGCGCUAUGAAGAUGCUAAAGAAAGAUACCAGCAGGCUGUGUCGCUUUUGCAGUAUCGUGAGGCAGUGAACGAGGAAGAGAAAAAACAUCUUGAGGAAGUAAAGCUAACUUUCCUACUCAACCUCUCAGCCACGUACCUCAAACUUGAAAAGCCCCAUAAGGCACUUAGCUAUGGCCAGAAAGCCCUUGUCAUAAACCCUGAGAACACCAAAGCACUGUUCCGCUGUGGCCAGGCCUGUUUGGAAAUAAACGAUUAUGAGAAGGCGCAAGAUUACCUCACACUUGCUCAGUCAAAAAAGCCCUUUGACCCUGACAUCAAUACCUUGCUGAAGAAACUUGCUCUCUGCUACAAGGAGUAUUUGGAUAAAGAGAAGGAGAUGUGUUCCAAGAUGUUCUCAGGUUUUAAGCCAAAAAGUGAGUGUGAAAAGUGAACUUAAAGUGCCUGCCUUCACCAUUUUACAAACCCUUCAGAUUGACCACAAGUAGGCAGUAUAAGCACAAUAAAUAAUAAAUUGCAUUGCAUUGCGGUGCAUUGCUGUUUUGCAUGUUACUUUGACUUUUCCUAUCACAAAUUAUAUUUUACAACAUACAUGCUCAGUUGUUUAGUGUUCUCUUUGGAUCAUUAGAAUCAUAUUCAGGAAUGUGGUUAAUGACUGAGGUGCCUUAAAAUAUUUCUUUUGAAAUAUUUUUUGUCAAUAUUUUGUAUAUCACACAGUGCAUGUGGUAUUCUUUUUUAUGUUAAAAAAUUUCAAUAAUUCCACUGUCAGCACUGACAAUCCAUUUUGUAUGUUAAGUUAAAAAUACCAAGUGAAUGUGUAAAAUAAACUGAAUGUUUCACCUGACCAGUGUUAGAUUUGUUUAAAAAUGAAUAGCACUA